AUAAGUCCUGAUGGGCGAUGACCUCAAAACAACUUAAACAAAAAUGUAUUUUAUUGAUUCAUACGACUGAGAGCUAAAAGGAUGAGAAAGUCUGGCAUCUGUCCAUAUUCAUAAGAAGAGGAAACGCCAAAAAGCACCAGUUUCGAAAUCACUUAAUGUCAUUAUUUAGAGAAACCAAGUGAAAUAUAAAAGAGAAUACAUCAAAGAUCGAAAGAACUCAAUCUGUAAAAUCUUCCAUGUUUACAUUUCUGUAUGGUAUAUAGGCGAGUGAAAUUCUAGCUGACGCGGCAGUUAACCAAUGAAUAACAGUUCACUAGAACCGUCAAGCGGAGAGAUUCCAUGGUCAGUCACGUUCACGUUGUCUGAGUUAGURAUAUGGAUGUUUGUAUGCAGUGGUGUUAGCGUUAUCGCUAUCGCAGGCAAUCUUAUGGUCAUCGCGGCGUUUGUGCGAGCAAUCAACCUCAAUUCGAGAGUWAACUACUUCGUAGUUGGAUUAGCAAUGGCUGACAUUCUAGUUGGCGGCAUUUCUAUUCCAAUGUGGGAUUAUAUWCUGUAUUUGAGUUGGAAAAGGGAAGGAAUCUCGCUGCUGGUCACUCGUAUCUACGAAGCUUUCGAUGUGUUUGCAGGCGUGAAUUCCAUACUUCAUCUUAUGGCGGUCAGUAURGAAAGACUUUAUGCUACUCUAAAGCCAUAUUCCUGGAAUAACAAUUCACACUUGAAGAAAAUAAUUUAUCAAGUUGCUUUGGUUCUAAUAUGGACUUUAUCGUCUAUACUGGCAAUAUUAUUUGCCAUUCCUUGGAACUCAACCGUCCAUACAACACGAUUUCAUUUAAUGAAUAUUUUUUUCUUUGGACCGUUGGUGAUAAUAUGUUUGGCUUAUGCAGGAAUAUGGUAUGGGAUCAAAAAGAGAACGCAUAUACGCUCGCGAAAYGCCAGCGAGAAAUCGUUAAAACUGACCUUCACUGUUUUAAUAGUAAUCGGACUUUUUAUCAUGGCGUGGCUGCCUUUUUUCRUAGUUCGUUUUAUCUUAGAUAAUUGUAGAAGGUACUGUAUUCCAUGGCGUGUGUUUUACUUGACAAAACUGUUGCACUUCAGUAAUUCUGGCAUUAAYCCUAUUAUYUAUGGUCUUCGAAUACCCGAAUAUCGCAAAUUUAUCACGCAGGUAUUGCAUGUAAAACGGUUAAACUUUUUAGUGAAUUAUUAYGCRYURUUUGAGACAACAAACGAGAUACGAAGACAUUGCUCAAGACUCGUAGGUGAAGCUACGAAUGGCAACACUUCACGCCCYAACUCAAGGYUGAUCAAAACGUCYACUGUUUGACCGAUUAAAACUGUACAUGAACUCCUUAAUUAAUAGAGAGACUAAAUGAAAAAUAAAUUCAUUURAAUAUAAAUCGAGCCUUUAGAUCAAAUCAAAGUUAAGGUUAUCCGGCUUUUGCKUUUUCUCAYAUWAUUUCUCACUGUCGUUUGCCAGCACUAUGCAUGUUCGAAACAGAUGCAGGCAAACGUCCCAUGUGGGAAAGACAAGACUGAACA